UUUGGUUCAUGCGUCGGGUCAGAGGUUACUCUUUCGCCACAAAUUGAUGCGUACGGCCGUCUGCCUGAAGAUAGUUAUUAUAGUUAAUAGAGUUUUAAAUAUGGAUAUUUUUCUUACAAAAACCCAUUGCUUUGCUUCAGAAGGCCUUUAUUAAAUCCCUGGAGCCGUAUGGAUUAUUUUUAUGAUGGAUGGAUUCAUUUUUUGGGGGGCUUCAAAACAGGCCCCCCUGUUCACUACCAUUAUAAAGCUUGGUAGAGCCAGGAUAUUUUUACAGUCGGAGAUAUCUCUGAUUGUGUUCUGAAAGAAGAUAGUCAUAUACACCUAGGAUGGCUUGAGGGUGAGUAAAUCAUGGGAUCAUUUUUGGUGAACUAUCCCUUUAAGCCCAGGUAAGCCUGUGUAUUAAUGCGGUCCUGUGGGAGUGGUAUAGGUUAGUUGUCCCAAUGAGUGAGAAAGGUUAAGCACGCUAAAUCUCAAACUUCCAGGAUAUCACCAGUUUUAAACAAAUGCCAAACAGAGAGUCUGCUGGCAAAAAGAGAACGCAACAGAGCUAAUAAUAAACAAGAAUCAACAUUGUCUUGGCUUUUCGGAGAUGGCGAGAACUGAGGGAUUUGAAAUGUUGUUAAAGCGAUGCGGAGAUGGCGUAUUUAUUACUCAACUGGUUAUAUUGAAGAAGUUAAAUCUGAAGUGAAUUCUGGUCUGAUAGUGGGUCUAUCUCUGGCCGUGCUGGGGCUGAUUAUGGUUUUCAUGUGGAUGAAUAGGAAACGCCUUCUUUUAGCCUUAAGACAUUACAGAAAUAAAAAUGGAAAAGACAUCAACAGUGAUAGGAAUGAAAUGAAUAACAUGGAGAAAGAGGACAGAGAUUUGACUCAAGGAAAUGCAUCAUUAUUAGAAUAUGAUGAUUAUGAGGAUGUGGAUUCUGACAAGAACAAAAUAGGAGACGAGGAUGCAGAUGAUAGAAGUCAAGGCUCUUCUGGUAACGAAUAUGAUGACAUUGAGGGACAAAACGGUGACAUCUCUCCUCACCAAACCCACAUUGAUGACGACCUCCCACUCCAUCCCAAGAGACCCGACAACAUUCUUGCAGAUCAGGACACCUAUGAAGUGGAGACAGAGAAUCAGGAGGAAUAUGAUGAUGUUAUGCCUGUCGAGGCUGCAGCCAAUGAAAAUGCAGGGAAAAAUGCAUUAAAAUACUAAAGUGUUACCUCAAAUUUUACUUUUAAGAUAAUAAUAUUAAAGUGCCCCUAUUAUGGAUUUUUGAAAAUUCAUGUAGUGUGUAACAUAGCUCUACGUGAAUGAAAACAUCCUGCAAAGUUUUAAAUCUGAAAGUGCACCAUAUAUAAAGUUAUUGUCUCUCAAAACUAAAAGUCGACUCUGAGUCAAUUAAACUAAAGUCGUUUGUAAAAUGAAUCCCAAGCCAUUUCGUUGUGACGUCACAACGAAACAUUAGCAUAUUGCCUGCCCACUUAUUGCGCGCGCAGACGCCAGGGGAAAUUAAUUUUUUCAACAAUACCACAGCGAAUCUCAACCUGUAAGUAUGAUUAAUAAUUGAUGUUUAUAUUUUCUAGCGAUCGUUCAAAAUUCGUAGUUUUGUUUGUUAUGUUGUGUAACGUACACCCUGGUCUGUAUGUCUCCUGCUAACCGGCUAACUCACGUUUCUGUAGUUCUGCUAUUCAGAUGUGGGUCCAAUAUUGUCUAAAAAUGUGUUGAUUAAUUCAGGCUUGUCUUUCUUAUUACUUGGAGCACGACUUUGUAAUGCAUUAUCAGCUAUUCGUGUUUGUGCUCGGCUAACGUGGGAGUUUACAACAUACAAAACAAACUGUUUUUUUUUUCCUCUGCGUUUUUAUUAUUACAAUAGAGUGGAGCUCUAUCUGUAUUGUAAUAGGAUGUUAAGAUGCUAGUCCACGCUAACUAGUAUUCUCUCUGUAAACAGUAAACACACCUUGUAAUGUCAAACAAUGAUAUAGCCAUUUUUCUUUGUUAAUAGCUAUGACGAAAAAGUCUGUACACAUCUGACCUAAAUGUUUAUCUUCUGUUAGAGGUUUUCAGCUUAUACGUUUAUAUAACGUCUUAUAUAACGCUAUAACGUCUUAUAUAUAACGCAAACUAAGGUGACGCCUACCAUAUAGAAACGUCCUACUCCAGUUGUAACUGCAAAUCAGUUUCUGGUUGAUCGACUACUUCAGACGUUCAAGCUCGAAUUGAUACGGUAAAAUCGAUGCUAUCUUUUCUGUCCAUACGUAGUAUACAAAAUGUCUUGCAAACUGAUAGCUGUCAUUCAAUUAUAGCAAUGGGCGAGCGGUGCGUGCAGUAGACUAAUCACAAAGGAUUGGGCCAUCUGACCAAUCAGAGCAGUGUAGGCUCACGGAAAGGAGGGGUUUAGAGAGAAUGAUUCUUUGAACUGCUUUAAACGAGUCGUUUACAAAAGAUUGAAAACUCAGGUGAAAUUUAAUGUAUAUAAUGAGAAAACGAAAGUGUUUUUUGACCUUGCAUGCAUGUAAACCUGUUGUAGGAGACUCCCAAAACAUUAUUAGGAAGGCAUAAUAGGGGCACUUUUUAAGAGAUAACUUUCUUAGUGUAUUUCAUAUCAGUAGAACAGUGGGAAGAUAAUACAGUCCUAAAUACGAAUGCUGUGUAAUGAUGUUAACUCUCAAGAUUUAUAAGAGAAAGAACACUGUUUUGGAAUAACAAAAUCACUAUCUUCACAACAGAGUAUGACUUGAUAAAAAUAGCUAUUUUUUGUGUCAACAAGACAGCCAAACUUGAUGAAAUUCUUUAGGUUUUGAUGUGUUUUGUAGUUGUUUUGAUCUGUUUUAAGUCUUUUACAUUCUUUUUCAUUUGUUUUUAAUGUGUUGAAGCUCAUGAGCAGGUCCACAUGAGAUUUCUGCAGAAGUCUUUGAAAUUAAAAUUUGAUAUAGGCUAUCCUGUUCAUUUAGUUUUAUAAAAUCUUUUAAAAGUUUUUGUA